CCCAUCCUAUCCUAUCCAUCUGGAAACAGUCACUCACCUCCUUGAGAAAGAGAAAGAGCGAGAGAGUGCGCACAGACCCACUGGCCGCGAUGCCUUUGUUCCCAACACCUGAGCCAGUGAAUAAUGCACUUGCAGGCUGCAGAACCAGACAGUUUUAACGAAACAACCUCUGUGAGGACUGGAAAUGGAUACUCCUGAGGAGGCUACAAGCAAGCCACUCAUAAUUGCGCAAAUGAACAAAGAAGCACAGUGUGAGUUGGUUCCAGUACUUGCUCCCCAGGGUUUCUCAAAGGAGGACGAAGAUUUCUUCUCUGGGCUAAGUCCGGAGGAGGCAGAAUGUUUAGAGUACCUGCUCCAGACAAUCAACACUUUAGAAGGGGAGAUCUUACAAGAUGAUGAAGGUGAAGAGAGAAUAGCAGAGUCUCUAGAUGCUGGAGAUCCACCCAACAGCAAUGUCGGUGCCAACAUACAGCAAAGUACCUCCAGGGAAGCAUCUACAACCAAGCCUGUUUCUAAGAUGAAUAUGAUCAAGUCCUUUUCAGAGGAAUCUAUUGACAUUGGUCUGAGGAGAGGAUCUGACCCUCAUUAUCCCAAAGCCAAAAGGUCUCCUGCACUGGGAAGCUCUUACCCCACUCAUUUCAGGAAGUUUGACACAAUAAUGAGGUCUGGGGUCAAUGUUCAAGAACUUCGCUCUCGCUUCCUCCACCACCUUGACAGCUCUGCUGAUGUCAGGGAACCAACAGAGGCUGCUGCUGCAAGAACCAUUAAACAAUCUGGGCCGUUGUCCAGAGACCAGAAAUCCCCUAGGGACGAAGCACUGAGGAAACUGGGCCUGCUCCGGAUAAAUGCCAGUUCUCCUAAUGCCAACAGCCCUCCUGUGAUUGUGCCAGGUCAGCAUUCCCAGAUGCCGCUUACUGAGGGGCUGAAUCAUGAAGCAACUCUGUCUGGAGAGCCUGUAGAUAGACAGAUAAUUGUUACUGCCCAAGAACAAGUGAUUCCUCCAUAGGAGCUGAACAUCAGGAAUUGCUUAGAACACUUGGGACGCCUGUGGUAUUGAAAUCAAACUCUAAAGUCCCUUCAUCAUACAGUGAGCUGCUUCCUGCAAGAUAAUACUUAGAACACUUGGUAUUUAGAUGUGGUCUCUUCUGAAAGGAGCCACUCCCUGGUCAUAGGCUGAGGUGGAGGUCACAGAGUAUUUUAUUGUUCUGCUGGAUGCCAGAUAGAGCAAUCCUAAGAAGAGUUAUUCCAGUCUAAGCUCAUUGAUUUUAAUGGGCUUAGACUGGAGUAACUUUGCUUAGGAUUGCAUGGAGAAUGUUGUUUCCUGAAUUCUUAGCACUGACAAUGCUUAUUUAAUUACAUGUAUGAACCACUUUAUGUAUAGAGUCAUUAACUAGCAUUCCAUCCCAAAGAUGCUCAGGAGAAAGGGGGGGAUAUAAAUACUUUUAAUUAAUUAAAUAAAUAAAUAAACGAGA